ACACUGACCGUGCAUUUCAUGGGGUGGAAUUUCUGCCAGAAGAUCUUGGUGAGGCUCUGAAUAAGACUGCAAUGAGAGUGAAUGAGAAAUAUUCCUCUCUACCUGCUGAGGAGAAGGGGAUUCACAUUAUCAACAUCCGAGCUAUUGAAGACAUCGGAUACGUCCAGCAUGAAAGUAUAUUAUUAAAUUCGCUGUGUCAGGAUCCAGAUGCCAACUGCAAACAUGGACUCUAUUUUCGAGAUGGCAAGAGGAAAGUGGAUUACAUCUUGGUUUACCAUUUUAAGAAGUCCUCAGUCAGUAAGACGCUCACUAGGCGAAUUCAUCACAAUGACUCAAGUGCCCGAAGCAUCAAACAGGAUCAUCAGCUUCCUGGGAAGGGUGGGCACCUUGACGUGGGAGAAAGUGAGCUCCACAUGGACUAUCACGAAGAUGACAAGAGAUUCCGCAGAGAGGAGUAUGAAGGCAACCUCAUGGAGGCUGGUCUGGAAUUGGAAAGAGAUGAAGAUACUAAAAUACAUGGGGUUGGAUUUGUAAAAAUACAUGCACCUUGGAAUGUUUUGUGCCGGGAGGCAGAAUUUCUGAAACUCAAGAUGCCCACAAAAAAGGUGUAUCAGAUAAAUCAAGCCCAUGGUCUUUUGAAAAAAAUUAAUUCUGUAAUUCAAAAAAUAACAGAACCUAUCCAGCCAAAAGUAGCAGAACUCAAACCACAAACAGUGAAACGCCUCUCUUACCCCUUCUCCCGGGAGAAACAACACUUAUUUGAUUUGUCUGACAAAGAGUCCUUUUUUGACAGCAAAACUAGAAGCACGAUAGUUUAUGAAAUAUUGAAAAGAACAACAUGUACCAAAGCCAAGUACAGCAUGGGAAUCACCAGUCUGCUUGCCAAUGGAGUUUACAGUGCUGCAUAUCCUUUGCAUGAUGGUGACUACGAAGGUGAAAAUGUUGAGCUCAAUGACAGAAAACUCCUGUGUGAGGAAUGGGCAAGCUAUGGAGUCUUUUAUAAAUACCAGCCAAUUGACCUAGUGAGAAAAUACUUUGGAGAGAAGAUUGGACUGUAUUUUGCCUGGCUGGGAGUUUAUACUGAAAUGCUCAUUCCUGCUUCCAUUGUAGGGGUUAUUGUGUUUCUGUAUGGCUGUGCAACGGUGGAUGAGAAUAUACCAAGUAUGGAGAUGUGUGAUGAAAGAAACAACAUCACCAUGUGCCCUCUAUGUGACAAAACGUGCAGCUACUGGAAAAUGAGCUCUGCCUGUGCCACUGCUCGAGCGAGUCACCUGUUUGACAACCCAGCAACCGUCUUCUUCUCUGUCUUCAUGGCUCUGUGGGCUGCCACUUUUAUGGAACACUGGAAGAGAAAACAGAUGCGUCUCAACUAUAGGUGGGAUCUGACUGGGUUUGAAGAGGAGGAGGAGGCAGUCAAGGCUCAUCCAAGAGCAGAAUAUGAAGCUAAAGUAUUAGAAAAAUCACUGAGGAAAGAAUACAUACAUAAAAAGACUGAUAAAGAGAAACUGACAUGGAAAGAUCGUUUUCCAGCAUAUUUUACCAAUUUUGUUGGCAUUAUCUUCAUGGUUGGACUGACAUUUGCUAUCGUGUUUGGAGUCAUUAUAUACAGAAUCUCCACUGCAGCAGCCUUAGCCCUCAGCUCAACUCCCUCUGGCCGGUCUAGUGUUAGAGUAACAGUCACUGCAACUGCAGUUAUUAUUAAUCUGGUGGUGAUCAUCAUCCUGGAUGAAGUAUAUGGCUGCAUAGCCAGGUGGCUAACUCAGAUUGAGGUCCCCAAAACAGACAAGAGUUUUGAAGAGCGGCUGAUCUUCAAGGCCUUCCUUCUGAAAUUUGUCAAUGCCUACACUCCCAUUUUCUAUGUUGCUUUCUUCAAAGGCCGAUUUGUUGGACGUCCAGGAGAUUAUGUCUACAUUUUUCAUUCUUUCCGAAUGGAAGAGUGUGCCCCUGGUGGUUGCUUAAUGGAAUUGUGCAUCCAGCUUAGUAUUAUCAUGUUGGGCAAACAGCUGAUUCAGAAUAAUCUCUUUGAGAUUGGUAUCCCAAAAAUGAAGAAAUUAAUCAGAUAUAUCAAAUUAAAGCAACAACGCUCUUUAGAUCAUGAGGAGCAUACGAAAAAAAAACAACGCUAUGAAGUGGACUAUAACUUGGAACCUUUUGCUGGGCUUACUCCAGAAUACAUGGAAAUGAUUAUCCAGUUUGGAUUUGUAACCUUGUUUGUUGCAUCCUUCCCGCUGGCUCCUUUGUUUGCGUUGUUGAACAACAUCAUUGAAAUACGUUUAGAUGCAAAGAAAUUUGUCACUGAGCUUAGAAGACCAGUUGCAGUCAGAGCAAAAGAUAUAGGAAUCUGGUAUAAUAUCCUCAGAGGUGUAGGAAAACUUGCUGUAAUAAUAAAUGCAUUUGUGAUCUCAUUCACAUCUGACUUCAUUCCACGCCUCGUGUACCUGUAUAUGUACAGUGAGAAUGGCACCAUGCAUGGCUUCGUGAACCAUACGCUAUCCUCUUUUAAUGUCAGCGAUUUUCAAGGAGGAACAGCUCCAAAUGACCCAAUGGAACUUGGCUACGAGGUUCAGAUAUGCAGAUACAAAGAUUACCGAGAACCCCCAUGGUCUGAAAACAAAUAUGAAAUUUCAAAGGACUUCUGGGCUGUCCUAGCAGCAAGAUUAGCAUUUGUGAUAGUUUUUCAGAACUUGGUCAUGUUUAUGAGUGACUUUGUGGACUGGAUUAUCCCAGACAUUCCCAAGGACAUUAGUCAGCAGAUUCAUAAAGAGAAAGUUCUCAUGGUGGAGGUGUUCAUGAAAGAAGAACAGGGAAAGCUGCAAAUGAUAGAAACCUGGAAAGACAAGGACAUGAAAAAAGGUGAAAACUGUAACAACCACAGCCCCAAGGUCUCAAGGAGCCACAGCGGGAGCAUGUCCUCCUGCCAUUCAUAUCACAUUGAUGUAUAGAAGAGGAGGGUAGUUUUGUUUUGUUGAGGCAUUCCACUGAUAAACAAGCCAUCACUUAAAGGGCAAGACUUGAUUUAUGGACAACCAGGUGAAUGUUUAAGUAUGUGCAACCAUUUUGCUCUCAUCUUUGUGAGAAAUGCACUUCUUACAAAUAUGGAAGGCCACAUUCUAUUUCUGAUAGGAUUUUUUUUUAAGUAAUGCAGGGAAUUUUUAUAUUUCAUAGUUAGAUAACACUGUGGAUGUUAGUGUGUGUUAACAAAAUGCUGGUACUUAGAAAUGUUCUCUGAGAAUCUGACUUUAGCUUAUUAAUUAAGAAAUAACCAAAGUAAAUUUCAAAUCAUAAUUUUAAAUCUUUUUGGCAGCCAAUCCCUGAAAGGCUUUGAGCAGAUCUACAAAAUAUAUGCAAAGUCAAUUUUACAAUGUGCUCUAGCAUUUCAUUUAACAGGAGAAGAGAAACAAUAUAAACCUUAUAAGGCAUCUUCAGUUUCAAAAGAUGCAGCUCAGCUCCCCUGGCAGACAUAAUCUGGAUUUGAACCUGCAGAUCCUAGGCAAACAAAACUCUCCUUGUCAGGAGUCUGAAAAGAUUUACAUCAAACAGUAUAUAACUAGGCUAGAUACACUGAAGCUGGUGCACGGUAAAUUACCCAUUGGGAGAUUCACCCCAUCGA